CUGUUCCCUCUGAAGUUAAACCUUCCAUCAAAGGUAACAGGCACCCAACAGUCCAGCUGGUGAUUUAGAGAUGUCUCGAGCUGCAGUUCUUCAAAAUGUCCACUAGAUGGUGCUCAAGUCGGAAACUCCUUAGCUCCACUGAUGAGCUGUGAACCAGCUUGUCAUUUUCUUCCACAUCUGGGGUUGGAUCGCUGCAGACGUCCCUCUCUCCAGCCCAGUCUUCCAGCUCCUCUUGAGGGAUCCGGAGGCGUUCCCAGGCCAAAUGGGAUAUAUAAUCCCUCCAAGUUCUAGGUCUACCCCAGGGUCUCCCGCCAGUUGGACGAGCCCAGAAAACCACCCAGGAAACAGGCCCCACCCUGGCAUCCCAGACUGGUUGUAACUACCCCCCAAAAAGACCGAAAAGAGGCCUAAGAUAAUCAAGUUACAAAUGGCUUACACUGUGUAAAGUGUGACUAUUAAUAAUUUACUAAUUCCCAUGUUCAAAAGUUUCUAAACACACCCCUGGGUAAAUCCAAACAGGUGUCAGGAAUUCCUGUCAAGGAUCAGAGACGAGAUAAGGAGGGUUACUGUGUGUUUGUGAUAAAACAGGCUGAGCUUCCUGCAGGACGAAGGUCAAGUACAAAGGUCGUCCUGAGAUGUGUGUGUUUUUCGUCCUUUACCUGUGGGAGUGAGCAAACGACCUUUAACCCCAACGAGAGAGAGAGAGAGUGAUGACCAGUGACGGCUUGUCAACAAUGUGUUUGUUUGAACUCCUGUACGUCACAGAGAGAGAGUGAGGAGUCGGAGGGAAUAUUUGUGCAUGUUGUGGUCGCCAUGGUUUUCCUCAGACGGACAACGCUGCUUCGUUACCUGCUGCUGUCGGCCAUGUUGGCUCUGCUUCUCUUUGUCAGCUCCUUCUGGCUACCUCAGGGUGGAGUCCGAGACUGUGGCAGCGCCUGGCAGCCAUGUUUGAGUUUUUACCACCAAACACUCGAGCCUCCAUUGAUCCCUGCUGAGUGGGUGGAACCCGAUGGACCCUUGCCCCUGAUGAAGGAGUGUCCAGGCCAGUCAUUUCAGGCUUGGCGUCUGCUGCUGUAUUUAAAGUCCAGUCUGUCAGAUGACGAUGAUAUCCUGUUGGAGCCUUACCUGCAGAGCUGGGAUCAGCUGCUCAAUUUCAUGGAGUCUCUUGGGACAAUGGUCAGUUUCUUCUCCCAGAAGGUGAAAGAAAAGGUCGUACUGAUACGAAAGCUGUCACUCAAACACAGUGCAGAGCUUCAUGGGGAACGUGGUCCAGCCGACCACUCUAGACUACAAACCCCAGCAUCAUUUGGACUAAGAGAUGGGGUGUAUCGUUCGGUUCGAUCUAUGGUGGAGGCGGAGCUAAAAGCCAGCAUGGUCAACUUCUCCUGGCGGACGGAUUCAGGCUGCAGGACGCUGCUGAGGCUACACCGAUCUCUGCUGUGGUUGAAGCUGAUGCUGGAGGGUUUGGCUGAAGGACCAGAUGCAGACGGACGAUACAAAACACCCGGUGAGCUGAGCAGGGACGCCUACAAGGUGGCGUUGGCCCCCCACCACCACUGGGUGCUCCGUCAGGCUGCCGAGUUGGUCUUCCUCGCCCUCCCGGACAGGCAGUACUUCCUGCAGCUGGUGUGCGUCCAGAACCAACGCGAGGCUACGCCCGUCCUCCGCGUCCUUAUCCAUGCGCUGACGCUGGUGCACACGCGAACUCAACGAAUACUGGCCGAACACGACAUGCUGGAGCUGCCCUGACCGAUGACGACAACAACCUGAGGAUUCGAAAUGCUCUCCGCACACUCCACAGGCGCGCUGCGGGUCGUCCAUGUGUCUCCAGGCGUGUUUGAUCAAGCUGCCCAGCACCCUGAACCAAACUCCACAGACUUUACAGGGCGUUUUACUCCGCUCCACUACAAAGGCUCUGGGC